CUCAAUUCAGAAAGUUAUAACAUAACAACUAUUAUAAAAGUGUUAGAGAACUUAGAAGAACAUAGAAGAAAGAAAAAGAACGUCUAUAACAUUGAGUUUUCAGGUCACUUGGCUGAGCACAGAGACCAAGUGAAAGCCUGUUUUGGAUUAAACAUGGGGAGGCAUCAUAGCACAGAAAUGUUAUUGUUCCUGGUUCUUCUCUGUGUAUGCAUAUCAAACAUGAGUGGUAUUACCUUUGGCUGCAUCGAAAAAGAGAGACAAGCUCUCCUAAACUUGAAACAAAGCUUUCAAGAUCCUUCACACAAGUUGUCCUCCUGGCAAGGUCAAGAUUGCUGCCAAUGGAAAGGAGUAACCUGCAAUGAAACCACGGGUCAUGUUGUCAAGCUCCAUCUCAGAUCCUCAUCAAUGAAUUUCUCAUUUUCAAAUUAUUCAUAUCCACUUGUUUCUUAUUCAUAUCCACUCGUAGACUGCAAUGAAGAUUAUUCAUAUUCAUAUUCACCUUAUACUCAUCUGCCUGACUUACAAGCUAAUGAGUUGAGCUCUAAUUUGUUGGAGCUGCAACAUCUCAACUACUUGGAUCUCAGCGGAAACAACUUCAGUUAUAGCAAGAUUCCCAACUUCUUUGGCUCAAUGAAGAAUCUAAAGUAUCUAAAUCUGUCUCAUGCACGUUUUGGUGGAUUGAUUUCUCUUCAAUUUGCAAAUCUUACUAGCUUGCAAGUUCUUGAUCUUAAUGGUCUUUUGAAUGUUAAUACUCGUACUUUCCAGUGGGCUUCAAAUCUUUUGUCUCUCCAAUACCUUGAUAUGAAUUCGGUAAAUUGUUCGAAUGCAUCAGAUUUAAUGCAGGUACUUACCAACCUUCCUUCUCUGUCACAUAUCAGCCUACCUGGUUGUAGUCUAAAUAUGGUCAAUUUUCCUUGGCGUUCGAUCAAUUCCACCUUCUCUGCUAGUGUUCGAUACCUAGACCUUUCCUGGAAUCAUCUUGAAAGAUCAAUUCUUAAUGAUCUAAAAAAUAUGACUUCUCUUGAAGUACUUGAUCUUUCGUCCACCUUCUUCUAUGCUACUAGUUCCUCAAUUCCAACCUGGUUGGGUGAUCUUAAGAGCCUUGUUUACCUUAAUCUUGUAUGGAAUAAUUAUGAUAGCUUUGAAGGAGAAGGUGGCUUGCUGUACAUAAUAAAUAAUGCUUGUUCCUUGAAGGUAUUAGAUUUGUCAUAUAACAAAAUUAGAGAAGGGUUAGAGCCUCAUCAAAAUUCAAGAAAAUGUGUCAAAUAUAAUCUAGAGAUAUUAAGUUUAGACUAUAACGAAAUGGGUGGUCCUUUGCCUGAUUGGUUGAUGGACCCAAAACGGGUAUGUUUAAAAAUUUAUAUAUCGCAAGCGCACGAAUCGUCCAUAUAGAAUAGUAAUCGUAAG